UACCGUGGACUGUGGUUAUCUUAUUUCAAGACAUGCAUGCAAGUUUAUAAAUUGAAGCUUCUGCAUUCCAAAUUUUUUGAGCAAAAAACAGAGCAACAAUAUGAAUCUGCGUCGAUUUUCUUUUUUAGCGAUAUUGAUUCUUUUAUUAGCAUUCGGUCAUGAAUCAAAUGCUCAACUGAGCCCUGAUUAUUACUCGGCAACAUGCCCUGAUGCAGCUACAAUUGUGAGAAAUGUUCUUGCUCGGACUCUGCAGUCCUAUCCUCGUAUGGGUGCCAGCCUUGUUCGCCUUCAUUUCCAUGAUUGCUUUGUCCAGGGUUGUGACGGGUCGAUUUUGUUAGACAACAGUCCGUUAAUCCGAUCAGAGAAAGGCUCCAUUUCAAAUGCCCGGUCGAGUAGAGGAUUCAAUGUGGUUGAUAAUAUGAAAGCUGCAGUUGAGAGAUAUUGCCCUGGUGUUGUUUCUUGUGCUGAUAUUCUUGCUAUUGCUUCUGAAGCUGCGGUUUCUAUGGCAGGCGGACCUUCAUGGGAUGUACAGCUAGGGAGAAGGGAUAGAAGAGUCGCCAACAUCACCAAGGCGAAUAUGCGCAUCCCGAGAGGUUCUGAAAGCCUGCAGUCCAUAAUCACAAAAUUUGCAGUUUUUGGCCUUACCUUAACUGAUGUAGUUGCCUUAUCAGGUGCCCAUACGUUUGGAAAAGGUCGGUGUUUAAUCAUCAGGGAUCGCCUCUACAAUUUCAAGGGCACUGGUAAGCCUGAUCCCACGCUAAGCCUAGUGCGGCUAAAAACUCUGCGGAAAACGUGUAGCGUCCAAGGAGCCUUGGCAAAUCUUGAUCCAGUCACCAAUUUCAAAUUCGACAAUCAGUAUUACACUAAUCUACAGAACGGCAAGGGGCUUUUCUCGUCAGACCAACAACUCUUCUCGACAAACAUGGCUUCCUCCGUCGCGCUGGUUAACAGAUACAGCAAUAACCAAACCGAAUUUUUCGUUAACUUUGCGAGGUCGAUGAUUAAGAUGGGAAAUAUUAUGCCUCUGACAGGAAACAGAGGAGAGGUCAGAUUAAAUUGCAGGAGAGUGAAUUAGUAGAGGAUUUUUACAUAAGUCACCCAGACUAGUUUAGCCUUGUCCUUUAAGAAGCCAGGCGACAUACUCUAGUAAACUUGUCUCAUUAAUAAACAUUCGGCAGAGGCAUGGGUGUAAUAUGUAAGAAUUUGAAUUUCUGCGAGCUAUAAAUAAAAUCUUUCUUCGCUAA